GAACAGUGCAACAGAAAAUGAAAAAUUACCUUCUCCAACUAAGAGUACACGAUCAUUUUCACUAAAUAUAAAGUGGUAACAUCAGGGAGGGUAACCGCAUGACGGCGCCACGAGAGCGUCGCGACGCGAGCUAUGGUCGUCAGGCGGCGCCGGUCGUUCGUCACGAAACGAGGCGGGGUUGCAGGAGAAGCUCUUGCAUGAAGGAAGAAAAGAGGCAGCCAAUUCGUGUGACGUGAACUCGAGCAAAAGAGAAAGAACUGAGGAGAAUUGUGAACAGAACAGUAUAAGGCAUACAGCGAAACUAGCGCCUCCGUUUGUACGUUCUUUCGUUAAUUUCAUACCUAUCGGCUUAUGAAAGAGAAACACGGGUUCCUAGAAUUAAAUGCCAAGUCGUGACAACGUAUCUCCUCAACUCUUUCGUCAGUUAUUCCCACCUUCCUCUUUUUUUUAUACACAUUCGCUUCUUAUCCUCUUCAAUUUUACGUCCUUAUACUGGUGUUUGUCAUUUACGAAAAUAUACAAAAUCCGAACCUGUUACUACCAGUUUUUUGUGGUGAUAUCAUGGUGUAGCAAGAUUUAAUCAACGAAGGAGAAGAAAACUUGUGCAUGAAACGAUCCGAAUGUACAUGAACAUCAUGCGUGCUUUUUUUACAUAUGUACGUGUUAUAUUGGUACGAUGUACGAUAGUGUCUCGUCGUAGGUCUCUUUCGAUCCUACCAGUGACUAAUUGAGCGUGCAAAUUCAGCAACUUUAUGGCUGGACAAUGCAUCGACCAGGAUAAUGACCGAAAACAGAAACAUCAAGAAAUUCUCUUAGUUCUAUUAGGAUUUUCUACCAUCGUCCCUCUCGUCUCCUUUAUGGCACAAAUUUCAUCGAAUGAGGCUUCGGAUACAAAAAAUUCAGGAUAAAGAGAAAAAAUACACAGUAACAACGAAAAAUUUUUAGAUCAACGAAUAAAUAAUGUAAUGAUUGUAGUAGCAAGAAUUGUACAAAAAGCAGAUGGAUCAAAUGAUAGAUAAUGAGGAAAUACAUCAAAUAAUGCGUAAUACGUUAUGGCCCUUUCUGCAUACAAAAUUUAAAAGAUCGUCUGUAUUUUAUAAAAAUAUACUCGAUAGAGUAUAAAUCUUUUAUAACGAUAUAUAAAAGCGCACCGUUGCCUUUUUCAUAAUCAACAAAAGGAAGCCUUGCAAUGUCAAAAAGAAGGCAAUCGCUAUGAAACAAGACCGAUUCGUAAAAGAAAGACACAUUCAAGUUUGAAUUAUUUAACGAAUAUUCAAGAUAAUUGUGAUAAUAAUUAUGGAUGAGAUAAAGGUAGCGAACUUGGGCCAAGCGGCAUCAGCCGCGUGCUCGAUGGCUACAAAUUUCUUGGCGCCAGUGAAAACCGAACGGCAGAUCUACGAGAAUUCGAUGCUCGAGGACGAUCCCAAUGCCAAUUCGGUGGUGUCAACUUCACAGGAGGAUAGGACCGUACCGAGAUGGGGUCCCAAUCACAAGGGUGCUCAAGAACUGGCAAAUCUUUAUAGCACUGGAAAAAGAACACAAGAGUACAUUUGUGUUGGCAUCUGUAUUACACUCAUCGUAAUUAAUUCGAUAUUUAUUCUUAUCAGACUACGACUAGAAAAUUUAAGCUCAAUAGCGAUAGCAGCAUUUUGCGGUAUCGUUACUGCAGAUUUUGGAUCUGGAUUAGUUCAUUGGGCUGCCGAUACUUGGGGCUCUGUAGAACUUCCAGUUCUUGGGAAGAAUUUUUUAAGACCAUUUCGAGAGCAUCACAUUGAUCCAACAAGCAUAACAAGGCAUGAUUUCAUAGAAACUAAUGGCGAUAAUUUCAUGGUUACAAUUCCAUUCCUUUAUAAAUUAACAUGGGAUUUUUUAACUCUCCCAGAAUCAGAGAUACAGCAAAAAUUUGUUUGGACAUGUUAUUGGUUUUUACUUGCAAUUUUUGUGGCAAUGACUAAUCAGAUACAUAAAUGGUCACAUACAUAUUUUGGAUUACCAUCUUGGGUUGUUUGGUUACAAGAACAUAGAAUUAUAUUACCUAGGAAACAUCAUCGGGUGCAUCAUGUUGCACCACAUGAAACUUAUUUCUGUAUUACUACUGGAUGGUUAAAUUGGCCACUAGAACAACUUCGUUUUUGGUAUAUUCUAGAAACUGUAAUUGAAAAAGCUACUGGCUGUAAACCCAGAGCGGAUGAUUUGAAAUGGGCACAAAAACGAUCUUGAGAAUUAAUGUAUUUUAUGAUUUUAUGCAUUUUCACGGAUAAAAAAAAG